CUACGGUAAUUGGGUUCGGCCGGCCCAAUCUCUACUGGCAUAGGGCGGUAAUCCUGCAGAGUAAGUUGUCUGGGCAUUUUCUCUCUUCUGCCUGCCCGAAUGAUGAUCUACUUAACACUUAUCUACAUUGUCUGAACCCAAUGAAGACUUAACUCAUGCUUUCGAUAUCUGACUUGUUUAUCCUUGCUAUUUGCUGAGUUUGGCGGUUGUAUUUACUCAUGCUAAUAGUUAUCCUCAAAUAGGUUGCUUGUUCUCCUUUGCGGUAUCAAUUCUCCUAUCGGUUAAUGACUACAACGCUUCACUGAUGCUCCGGAUCUUGGUCCCUGCACGAAGUCCAGACUGCAUCGAUCUUACUCUACUGUGUUGAUUCGCCCUGACGACAAACCUCUAAAAUCUGCCCCUAUUGUUGCUUCACAACUCUAGGGUUCCUGGAAAAGAGGGAGAUUACCCUCCAUAUGCGUCGAUGUCAUCAAGUCAAUCAUUCGAAUCGAUGCGUCGUGGGUAUGGAGAUUGGUGUGCGCUAUUUGAGAAAGCCUCCCCACUGUACAAUAGUGGGUGCGGUGGUUAUUGGUGCCCUACAUUUCUUAUCUCUUAUCCCUUUCCGGGGGGUUGUUUGGGGGUACUUGCGGAGGGAGAAGGGGGUUCAUCUGCCGUGUAAGAAGGAUCACUAUGGUAAGCCUUGAAUUUCCUUUCCGGCCCAAUGAACUAUGUGGGGUGAUGAUCCAUUUUUCUUCACUUUCGGAAUCCUUCGUACAGCGUUAGGAGGGAGAUGAAGUAUAAACGACAUAUCCAUGUACUACAGUCUGACCAUAUACAUGUUAUUUUUUUUUAGAUAUAUUAUUCUACCGCCUUGGAUUCACAAUAUUUGCUGACUCUAGAUUUUGGCUCAGGCACGCUGCCACCCCCUCCAGGUACUUCCGCGGCUUGGCGAUAAGCGUUAACAGGUGAGCUAUAUUUUUUGUUCCUAUUUCAACUAUUCAUCGUUAUUUCCACCUUUGAUUCCAGUGAUGAUUUAAAUGCAUGUAUUACCCGAGAACAUGGCCUUGAAUCAGCCGGUUCGUUGAAGUUGACAUUCUAUUAGCUCUAUCUGAUAUGUAAUUUUCGUUUUUCCUUCUCCAUUAGCAUUAUUCUUUGCACGAAAAGGUAGAGCUAACAUAUCGAACAGAAUACUUAAAUUCCUUGCUAGCGAACUUCAUGUUGAUUGGGAAAUGAAAUUACGAUGAUAAUGCUUUUUUCCUCUGUUUGAAUCCCGCUUAACUUUAGUUGUCAUAAAUAUCUCACGACCAUGUCUGCGUUUGAUACAAUACAGGCAUCUGUUCAAUCCAUGUCUUGCAGCACAGGUAAUGCCCUCGUGCCUUGCGGUCUCUGUUCUUCUGGUGCCGCACUAAUUUCAAGGUCUUAGCCAUCCUUACAAUCAGGAUUCCUAAUGAACUCCAAUUGAAUGGCUGUAAACCCUGCUGUGGCUUUGAAGUAGAGUUCAAUGCACCCUUCCCUGUAGAAGCCUGAACCACACUGAUCGUAGCUCAAAAAACCUCUCACUCAUAGCACCCCCACCACCGACUCCACCUCGAUGGAUGGCCAAGUUGACAUAGCCAUAUCUCUGGAAGAAUUCAGCAAGACGUCUUUUUGGAAAGCGGGGUCCCAGUAUUGUAUCCCCCUCUCCAACCCAACACUCCUAUAUAUCGGUGCAGCCCUGAUAACCCCCCUCGGCUGCACCCUCUCCCGCUCACAGCCUUCGCAUUCAGCUAG